AUGGAUGACUGGAAAACUCAGCUUGUGCUCAAGAGUAUGCUUCCCCAUAUCGUCAUGGUGGGAAAUCAGCAGGAGCCCAGAAAGCUCCAAGAAUCGGGAACCAUUAAGAGGAGACAGGAAGGAGACAACUUCCAGCUUCCAGGCAUGGCUGAUGGGAGUUACCCUAAUAAAAUCAAGAGACCCUGCCUUGAAGAUGUCACCCUUCCUAUGGGCUCAGGUGCCCAUUCCAGCACACCCUGUGCAGAGCUGCAGGUUCCCCCAAUCACAGUGAACCCUAGCCCUUCAGCUAUUGGAACAGUGGGCCAUUCAUUAUUACUCGAAAACAAUCCCAUGAAUGGCAGCAUAAUGGACUCACCAUUUGUGGUACCACCAAAUGCAGAAAUGGGACUCAAAAGGCCUCCUGUUCCUUACUACAAUAAAACCAACAGCAUGAUGGCUGGGGAGCAGGACCAGGAACUUCAAGAUCUGUUAGAGGAGCUAAUGGGAAUUCAAGACCCUUCUCCAAAUGAGCUAGAUCUUGAGAAAAUACUGUGGAGCAAGCCAGAAGAACCACUGGUCUUAGAUCACUCCCAGGCAAACCUGGGCACAACUUGCAUGCCUUCUGCUCAGAUGCCACACUUGGAGAGCCUUAGUUCCAAUAAGGAGUUUUCUUCUGGUUGCAGCCAGGUCACUGGCAUAUCACUUCAAGUCCCACCCUCCUCUGUAGGGAUCAGUUAUAUUAUUCCCUCUACCAGUAAACAAAUGGUUUCAUCCAGUUCCGCGACAACACAGGCCAAGAGCCAGGUCCAAGCAAUGCUCCCCAUAGAUUUGCCCCCACUCCCUGUGCCUCAGUGGCAUCAUGCCCACCAGCUGAAGGUGUUGGCGGCCAGCAAGCAGGGAUCUGCUACAAAGCAGCCAGGGCCCACUUCCAGUUGGUCUAGCCUGACUCCUCCAGGCCUCUCCCCACCUUACCACCCAGUGCUUUCACCACACCCGCCACCACAUUUCAGCCCACAGAGCCUCAUGGUAUCCUGCAUGUCAUCCAGCAACCUGCCAUGGAGCACUUCCCAAGGCUCUCCCAAUGCCUUACUGUCAAGCAUGGCAUCCAGCAACAAUGCUGCCCUUGGGCCUACCAUGUCUUUUGCUCCAGAGAAGAUCCCCAACACAGCUCGCAAUCAGCAGCUGCAAUUCAGCCCACAAAGUUCCAUCCUUGCCAACCUAGUGUCCUCUACCAUUAAAAGUCCUCAAGGCCACCUGAUGUCUGCUCUGCCCACCAGUAACUCUGGGCCCUCCCCACCCUACCGCCCAGAGAAGCUCUCCAGCCCAGGCUUGCCACAGCACUCCUUUACUCCACAGUGUUCCCUGAUCCGGAGCCUCACUCCCAGCAGUAAUCCACUAAGCCAGCAGCAGCACCAGCAAAAAAAUGCCAUCUUCAAGCCCAUGACCACCAACUCACCUAAGACCCUGAGCAUAAUCAUGCAGCAGGGGCUGGCCAGCCCCAGGCCAGGAGCCCCAGAGCCAUUUACUUUUAGCAACACCAAGCCUUUGUCACAUUUUGUUUCUGAGCUAGGCCCCCAGAAGAUUUCUUCCAUGCCUUCCACCUCUAGGCAGCCUUCUCUACUCCACUAUCUGCAGCAGCCUAUGCUGACACAGGCCUCUUCUGCUACUGCCUGCUCUACCGCCAUGGCCACCUUGCAGGUGCGGCAGCAGCAACCUGACCAUUCUUCAUUCCUUCUGCAGAAGAUGAUGCAGCAGCCCCAGCACUUUCAACAAUCAGCAGCUUUAGAGUCCAUGCUUCCUCUGUCCAAACAGAGUCAUGUAGACAAAUCCUGCAAGCUUGGGGAAGCCCCCCCCCCCGCCCAGGUCAGCCUCGGGCGACAGCCCCCAUCCUGCCAAGCUGUAGGGAGUGAGUCCUUCCUGCCCAGAAGCUCCUUUGCUCAUGAGUUUGUCCGAGUCACCUCCUCGUACAGCACCUCAGAGGCAGCACCCUGGGGCAGCUGGGAUCUGAAGGCCUGGAGGCAGGUGCCUGCUCCACUACUGCCUAGCUGCAAUGCUGUAGCAAGAGAAACAGAGAUUAGGUCUUAUGGCAAUGACCCCUGAACAGAGGAGUGCAUAC